CACUAUUCGCUGAAAAGAAAAGUUAGUUCCUUACUUCGAAUAAUAGCUUGAAAGCUGAAGUGGUGCUUUUCAAAGUGGAAGGUGUUUUGUUGAACGAAAGAAGAACAAUCGAAGCAAUAAGAUUUCACCGAGCGAUCGAACGAUCGAACGAAAAAGAACGGUAAUUCAUUCCGUACACCUGGAUCAACCGAAGAAGAAUCUUUUCCGACUCGGUGCCACCGUAACCGAGUGGCGCAGGUCAUUGCCAGUGAUUCUGGUGCAUACGACUCGAUCGAAUAUGGAAGAUUCAACGAGAUUAACGGAUUCGGACGAGCAUCGUCCCGAUCACCAUCACCAUCAUCAUCAUCAUCAUCACCAUCACCAUCACCAUCACGAGUAUCGUCAACAAGAGCAACAGCCUCAUCAGCAACAGCUUCAUCGGCAACAGUCGCGUCAGCAUAAUCGCGAUCCCAGUGGUCAUAGAUUAGAGCUGAUCGACGACGAGUGUAGCACCGACAGUGGCUGCAGCAGCGGUGGUAGCAGCGGUAGCGCCGAAAGAUUGUCUCGUCGUGGUAGCGCCGAGCGUCUCUGCAGAGUCAACAGAUCUCCUAGAAGUCAUUGCUAUCUGGACAGAUUCCGUGGUCGACCGACGAGAUCGCAGGAACGAUUGUCGAGCGUGCAGAGAAGCGUCGAGCGUACACGAGCGAAGUCAUCGAGAUCAUGGAGUCCUAGCGAUGUCAGGGGACAUCAACGCGUAAGUGAAUCUCCUUCUUACUCGCCAAGUCCAUCGGACGCUCACAGUAGCAGCGAUAGCGACAGCAUGAAAAGGUCGUCCACCGCCGAGACCCUUAGACGCGCUUUCCAAACCCUCAAAAUAUCAUCGAAAUGGGAGAGCAAGGAUAAGAAGCACGCGAAAAAGAGUCCAAAGAGAAUCCUCAGAAGUCCGGUCUCAUAUACCUACGUAAGAGGACUCUCCGGUCUACCGACUCAAAGAGUGCCCAGAAACGCGACCCAGCAGCUGAUGAUGCCCUGCACUUGUCAAGACUCGAUAGGGCUCUAUCGAUAAGUUUGCUGUCCUUCCAUCGUCUCCGCUUAGAACGGAAUCCAGAGUUACAAGGUUUCUGCGAAAAGUUUGGAGAUUCGGACAUCGAGAGCAAUCUUUAUCGUCUUCCUCUUACGUUAUCUUCCUUUUGAUUCGUUCACUUCGCUUUCUUCGUAGCUUACGCUUCCGAAGAUAAAACGAAUGCGUAUAAUCGAAUGCGAAAUAUCGAAACGAAUUCAUUGAAUGGGAUCAAUCCGUAUAUGAGCCUAAUGUCGCAUCGAGACGAUCUUUUUCGAAGAAAAAUCUAAUCGACAUCCUGCCGAGAGCUCUUGGAAUUUUUCCUACUAUCGCUCUCACGGGGAACUAAACUUUUGCGAAUACUCUUUCUACGUUUAUUUCGAAAGUAUUUUAUAUGACAUACCGUAUACGUAUAUGGGAUAUAUUCAUACUUUUAUUCAAGACUUAAACAGGGAAAGACACAAAAAAAUUGACGAGCUGCGAAUUCUGUCCAACUUGCUGGAGUCUUGAAAGACUCGAAGAAUCGUUGGAUACUCGAGACUACGUGGAAGCCGAGAUUGUAAAGUAUGACUUUGCUUCUAAAGAACGGAAAUAAUUAAGAAGAAAGAACGACGACAAAAACAACUUUUUCAUCGCAUUUUUACGAGGAUCACGUAGGAUCUUUUUAAUGUCGAGCGGCUUAGUACAUCGCAAAUAUUUCACGAGGCGAUUCGUUUCUGAAAAAAAAGAAAAAAAAACAGAAAAAAUGGAGCCAAAGUUCCCUCCGCACCCAUUUAAACAUUCGUGUAUAUAUAUAUAUAUAUA